CCACCUUUGAUGGUAAGCAGCAUUUGUUGAGUUUGCCAGUGGUCAACAGCGUGGGCUAUGUCCUACGCUUCCUCAAGAAGUUGUGCAGAAGCCUGUUGUGUGAGAACCUCUUCAGUGACCAGCCCAUCGCCCCUUCAUCGUCUCCCUCCUCCUCUUCUUCAUUCCAUGCUGAAAAGCACUCAGACGGACAGCCCAAGUCAACAGACUCAAUGGUGGACGAUUACCAUGGAGAUUCAAUGGACCCCAAGCGCUAUUCAGUUGACCCCAUUGACUCUGCCUACGGUGCGAUGUCCUCACCGUACACCGCGAGUAAACCUGUGUAUGGUUUUCGUUCUGGCACUGCCUACUCUGGAGGUGUGUGCAGGCAAGCAGCCAGUCCCAGCACAUUCCAGGAAGGAAACAGAAGUGCCUAUAGUCCAUCCCCAGAGGGAGGGGAGGCAAAGCCCCCACCCAGUAAGGAUCCCUCCAGGUGGAGCGUGGAUGAGGUGGUGUGGUUUAUCAAGGAUGCAGACCCUCAAGCGCUGGGCCCUCACGUGGAUCUCUUCAGAAAACAUGAGAUUGAUGGGGAUGCUCUUCUUCUCCUGAAGAGCGACAUGAUCAUGAAGUACCUGGGACUCAAACUGGGCCCGGCUCUCAAGCUCUGCUACCACAUCGACAAACUAAAACAGAACAAGUUCUGACCUGUCUCUGCACCCUACAAACACAGAUGGAUUCACUCACAGUAUUUACUGUCACUCUCAUUUGUUGUAGUACAGGAUCCUCCUCCAACCCCACUCCCCCCCACUCUGGUCAUUUGAGGACAAGUACCAGACCAUUUUUUUUACUUGCUUGGUGUGUCUGCCUGUAUAUUGAGGCAUUUUACUGACCAGAACGUUUCAUUUUUCUAAUUUCAAGUGCACAAGCAUUUUAUUGAUUACUUGAUACUGAACACUGCUCUAAUCAAAUGGCAUGUCAUCUCAGCUGCUUUCUGGGAUUUGAGUUAUUUGUCCUCAAGUGAGAGUUAUGCAGAUGAGUUAUAAGUGUAAAUCAUGCUUUUUCAAAUGGGCGUCAUUACAAACAUAUUAAGUCAGAGACAAACGAGCUCCAAUGUUUUCAGAGCCAUGGACCCUUGUCUAAAUCCCUGUGAACUUCCAGCCACCUGCUGGUGAAGGGGAGUCACUGCAACUCUGUCAUAUUUACUACCAUUGUAACCAGGAACCAUUCAACUUUCUUUUUUAUUUUGACAGCUACUUCAGAGGCCACUAACCUGGGAGAUCACUAACAUACAGAUUUCAGCAUUGUGCUUUUGACUGAACAGAUACAGUACGCACACAGUUUUUGCAGGGUACAACUAUGAACAGUUUCACUUUGCAACCAGCAAAUAACAGGCACAAAUGCAACUUUACUCAGCAAUGGACCAUUCACGUCAUCUUUGGAAAGCCUCCUUGGCAGCCUAAAUCAGAACUAAACAGGAUACACUACUAGGCAGUUUAAAAUGGUGCAUUACAAACAUAGUAAUGCAUACCAGGUGCUGUUUCUCAACAAACAAGUCAAGUUAAUAAAAACAACUAUACUGUUACAGUACAUUUCUUACUGUGGACCAAAUAGAGGUCUUAUUAGUCCCUAAAUGUCUUGUUUUUCCCCUCUUUUCGGAGCAGACUGAAAAGCUGCUCUGAUUCUACACAAAUGUCAGCUUAUGAUUUACUUCGAAAAUGAGAAGAACUUUACAGUAGUGCUCAGUUAAUUCAUUUCAUUGGGUAUCAUGAACUAACAAUGAGCUAUACUUUUACAGUAUUUAUUAAUCUAGUUGAAUGAUAAUUACUACAUAUACUACUGUUUAUAUGUUUGGGGUCUGCAAGAAAGAAAGUAGAAUAAAAAAAUUAAUUGAUCAAAUCUAGCAGUAAAGAUAUGGUUUCCACAAAAAUACUAAGUAGCACAACUUUUCCGGCAUUGAUACGAAAUCUUAAUCAUCAUAUUAAAUUGGUUUCUGAAGGAUCAUGUGACACUGAAGACGAGUAAUGAUUCUGAAAAUUCAGCUUUGCAUGAAUUUCGUAUUACUGUGCUAUAAACAAACAUAAAUUAAAAAUGCACAAUAGCAUAUUUAUAAAUUGCCAUUAGCCCAGAUUAAUAAAUGCAGUAAAAUUGUUAGUUUACAUAUGAAUUAAUAAAUGUAAACAAAUUGAACUUUACUGUAAAGUUUCAUCAAAAAGUACGACAUGUUUCAGCCUAUUUUUUAAAUGUGACAUUUAGACUUUGAUGUGUAAUAAUUGUUUAUUAUUUAUUAUUUGUAUUAUUAGUAUUUUUUUAUUGAGCUAAAAGUGGCAUUCAGAAUCACUGUAUUCCUAUUCAGACAGGUGAACUUAAGGGAUCGUUCAUGCAAAAUGAAUAAUUUGUCAUCAUUUAUUAACCCUCAUGUUGUUCCAAGACUUAUAGUGAAAUUCAGUUUUGUUCCACAGGAAUGCUUAUGAAUGACAUGACGGUGAAUAAAUGAUGACAGAUUUGCCAUUUUUAGGUGAACUAUCCCUUUAAGUCGGCCUUGAUGAUGUCAUAUCCAAAAAUGGAUUACACCGAAGUGUACAACUUUUCUGUAUCUGCAAUCAUGUGUAAAUAUGAUAACUUAUGUGAUAAUCACUGAUGAAAUCUACCAUUUCUUAAGUUAAAAAAUCUAUUAAGUACAGUUUAGAGCCAAUCAUCCAAUGAACACAUCCAGCUUUAACAUGUAAUCAGCUUUGCUGUGCUAGACUUCAUUGUUGAACAAUCUGCCUCUUAAAGCCACUGCUAUGUUAAACCGAGCGUCUGUACAGAAUCAUUGUUUAUCAUUUUGCAACAGGGAGGCUUUUGAGAUGUUUUUUUUCCUUUUGGUGUAGCAUCAGUUGUCCUGGGUAAUAGCUUUCUCAAUGAAAAAUGUAGGCACCAGUAAGAAAUAAAGGGAAAUAAUCGGUGAGCUCUUAAAUCUGGUGCCAAGAGGUCAGGGUUCUUUAUGACUAAAUCUACUGAUUUGAAAAGUAGUGUUCAUUUUUUAAUAAACUAGGCUUUAAUCAUGUGAUGCCCAAGAUUAUAGAAAUGAAUUACCCAUGUGUGAUGUUCAAUUUCUUGUAUUAGCUUUAAAAGCAGUUUUUUUCUUUCCACUCAUGUACUCAAACAGUGGGAAUAUCUUGUUAGUUUUAAAAGCCCUUUAACUGAGUAAUAGCAGCACUGAGAUUUUACAAUGUUUCUAAAUACUAUAUUCUAUGGCUGCACUUAACUAAAUCAUGUAAGAAGCCCCGACACAAUAACAAUCAUAACAAUCUUUAAUAAUUUUGUUUUGUGCCGUUUAUGAUAUCACACAAAUAUUCUGCUGAUAUUGACUGACUCUGAUGUUCCUGGCUAGAUAUUGCCAACGUUUGUGACGGGAAUAUUAGUGAGCUUUUAGGGAUAAUCCUUUCUGCGGUUCAUAAUUUUGUGUGUGCAUAUGUCAGGUUGCGUUUGCCUCCGCACCAUGUCAUUCCUUGUCAUUUUUUAUGUAAUGACAAAUGUAAAUGUACAUUUAUGAAUGCUGCUCUUGAUGAUAGCCCCUGUAAGAUUGUUUAAAUUUGUCAGCUCACAAAAGAGUUUUAAUGGAAAAAGGGGGACUACAACACGGACCAUUCAUGUUGGUGCUAUGAUAUGACUGUGUAUUUAACAAAUAAUGAUUUUAUGCAUAUGAUUUUAUGGUUGGUUUGCUUUAUUUCUUCAGAUAGGCUUCAGUCUUGUGAACUUUCGUGACUGACGACAGGCUCUGCAUUGCGUGUCUGUUUGUGAGGUUAAUAUAGAGCAUUAUGAAAGAGUCAGAAUAAAGCAUUAUGAACACCCUA